UCCCUCGUGUAACCCUAAAGUACUGGGGGUGGGGGCCCUACUGGGGUAUAUAAGAGGGCCUCUUCCUGACAGCAUGUCAAUUCAAAGCAUCGUCUCGUCUAGCCACAUACAUUUGGCAGAUCAGAAGUGUCGAACAGUGACCAAGAUUUCUCAAGACUCGUUGAUCAUGGAGAUAUUGCAACGUACGAACGAUCGCUUCCGAGAAGGAGUUCCUGUCCAGGUGAUGCGAAUGGAAUCGAUUACCACCAUGUGGGUCCGCAUCGUUGGAUUUCCGAAAAUAACUCAAACACUCUAUUCGGAGAUGACGAAUCGUGACAUGGAGUACCUGCCGAAGAAGAAAAGUUUGAAAACAGGCAUGCUCGUCGCCGUGCUCGCAGAGUUCGGGGGCCGCGCCAUUUGGGAAAGAGCUCUCCUUUUGCAACGGACCAUGGAAGGCUACAUCGUCUUACUAAUCGACUGGGGCUUAGAAAUCGAGCAACCCCUCGAUACGAUACGGCUGUUGCCACGAAACUUGGCGCAGAUGGCACCGUGGGCUAGAAGAAUCGUCCUGCGAGGUGUACGAGAACAACCGGUCCAAGGGAGGCAACAUCGAGUAGCCCAAUUCAGCAUGUUGAGACGGACAGGCACCCUAGUCGACGUCGAUCCUUCUCCGGGAGAAGCAAUAACAGCAAGGUUGGUGCUGGAUGCAGAGCCAGGAGAAAUCCAAGGAGAUAUGGGAGCAUUUUGGUUGGAGAAGGGAUACCUCGAUCCACAAUAA